AUGGGGGAUCUGGACUUUGACACGGUCAUGAAUCUGAUGGAUAAGACGGACAAAGAUGGCGACAAAGCAGCAGCAGAAGCGUCGCCUGUUAGCAAUGGCGCUCUGAGAUCCAAAGCAGCUGAUGGGGGACCCAGACGAUCGUCAGAUUCAGAGGGACCCCCAGGAAGGGAGAACAGGCGCGAAGGGCGGGAGAGGAGCCAGGACGAUCCCCGCAGAGGAGGCGAAGGCAGCAGCCCUUCCUCUCGUAGGGGAGGCCCUCGGCCUGACGAGAGUCCUGAGGGACGAAAGGGGCGAGGCGACAGUUCCAGCGCACGUCGUCCGUCUCGCGGCGGAGACAGCACGGAGGGUCGGCGUGGUGGAGGCCCCCGGGGAGAAAGUUCGGAAGGUCGCAGAUGCCCCCGUGGUCAGAGUCCAGAAGGCCGAAGAGGGUGGGGUGGUCGAGGCGGAAGCCCUGAGGUGUAUAGGGAAGGCCGACGUUCUCCUUCCCCGCGUCGCAACGGGGGCUGGCGCGAUGGCCCCUGGCCGCGAGGCCCUCGUGGACGAGAGUUCCGUUCGCGGGGUCCUGGGGGCCCCUUCAGACGCUUUGGAGACGACUAUGGGAGACAUCGUGGGGGAGAUUUUCGUCGAAGGGAUAGAGAAAGAGAGUGGUGGCCGCCGGCGGGUCGGCGGAGCCGUAGCCGCGACCGGCCGCGACGCGAUGUUGGGCGGUCUGCGUCUCCGGGAAGGAGAGGCGGGAACGGCCAGUCAGGGGGAGGUGGUGGGGGUCCUGCAGUUUCUGGAGCAAGCGGAGAAAACCAGGCUACUGCAGGGAGCACAGCAACGCGCCUGGGGCCUCGGGAGGAGCUGCUGCGCCGCCAGCGGGAGGAGGAGCUCCGUCGCAAGGAGGUCGAGGAAGCUCGGCGAGACGACCUGACAGUGCUUGUGCUGAACCUGUCUCUGAAAGCAGACGAGAGACACAUUUACGAAUUCUUCUCCGCCAAUGCGGGGAAAAUCCGGGACAUUCAACAGAUAAGAGAUCAACGAUCGGGAGUCUCGAAGGGUGUCGCCUACGUCGAGUUCUACACCCAGGAGGCGGUCAUCAAAGCGAUGGCUCUUAACGGGAUAUCGUUUAAGGGACAACCGCUUCGGGUGCAGGCCUCAAUGGCGGAGAAGAACAGAGCUGCAAGGGCGGCCAAAUGCCCUAUUGCCCCCGCCCCUGAUGCCGCCUCGUUGCAGAUACCGAUGCGGGUGUACGUGGGGGGGUUGGUAGGCAGUCUGGCGAGUUUAACAAAGGACGAUCUUCACGCUCUGUUUUCUCCAUUUGGAGCCAUCCAGGAGAUUAUUCUUCCGAUCGACCCGAACACAGGGGAGGGUGUGGGCUUUGCCUUCAUCAUGUUCUCCGCGACAGGCGACGCCCACGAUGCGAUGCAGCAGAUGCACAAAUUUAAAAUAGGCGGGCAGGAGCUCAGGGUGGGCUAUGCAGCUGACGGGGUGCGCCUGUCGGGCUCCCUACCAGAAGGGUCGCCUACAACUCCACCUGGAGGCAUAGCUGCUCCUCAGGGAGCUCCGGGUUUGCUGGGCGGCCCAGGCAUCCCUGCACACGUUGUUGCCGCCACUCAAGUCUCCUACGAAGCCCAACUAGCAAAGCAGCUAGCGGAGAAGGCUGCUAGUCUUAUGCGGCAGCAGCAACCGCAACAAGCACAGGAAGGACAGGCUCAGGCUCAGGACGGAGACGAUGAGGGAGGUCUCGAUGAUGAUGACAUGGGAUUCAUUCACGACCCUUCUCGCAAGCAGGCACUUAUGCAAAAACUCAUGGACCGUUCCAAUGCUGCUCUUGCGUCGACGGGGGGAUCCCGCCCUGCCGUAUCACCGAGCAGCGAGCCACAGCAGCAGCAACAGCCGCAGGCGUCCCCGUCAACGGACAAACAACAGUUCCUGCGGAGCUCCAGCGGCCCGCGAGUGGGUGUCGGAGGGUUGGCUCCGGGCGUGAUGACUUCAAAUUUGGUGUUGCGAGGAAUGUUUAAUCCGAGUGCCGCCGACGACGAGUACUACUUUGAAGACAUCCGAGAUGACGUGAAGGAGGAGUGCGGAAAACAUGGUUCCGUUGUUCAGGUUUCCCUGAGCGAAAAGGAUGAGGAAGGAAGGGUUUUUGUAAAGUUCACAGCACCAUCUGUGGCUCUGGCCGCCCAAAACGCGCUCAACGGAAGGUUCUUCGGGGGUCGGCAGAUCCACGCCGAGUUCGCCACUGAUGCGAUGAUCAACGCGGUGUGCGGCAACAGCACCACAAGCAGCAGCAGCAGUAGCUCGUGA